GGCGGGUUGGGGGGGAGAAGAAGACUCUUUGUAGAAAGUGCAUACUGCGCUCACAUGGAUUUAAAACUAACAAUAAUCAUCCUUUUACCACCAUAAUUCUAGCAGUUCAGUAGUUGUUAAUACAAUUGUUUGAUAACAGAUCCAUUUGGUGUGUGUGUCUCUGCUGAGUUCACCACCCGCCUUGUGACUAGAAAUGGAAAGGCGACAUCCGGCUUCAAAGUUGUUAUACAAAGCCGAAAAAAUUUUUGGGUGCUUGGACUUUACUUAACUCCCAGAAAAAAAAAAGAGCAUGGGCAAAAGAAAGCAUUCGGAAACUACCACGUCCGAGGGCAAAUCGUCCAAAUCGUCGCGCAAUGUCAAGAUCGCCGUGGAAAUGCCUCCGGAGGGCGCUGAUUCGCCUUACUUGGCUGCAUUCCCCGGUACGAAACCUCCAACCACUACACCAUUCACGUCCUAUCGAUCCAGAGACAAGAGCAGUGACAAGAAACGAGUUGUUGUUGGUGAGACGGACAAGGUGACAUUCACCGGCAAAAACCAUGGUGAGGAUGCACCAGAAAGCUAUUGCCAAUACCUGGUAGGCGUGUAUUCCAAGAGCAAAAACACAGUAACGUUGACACCAGCACCUGUUUUGCGGAUGCACCGAUCCGUGAAAACGCUUGCACUAUCCGACAACACGAUCCGCAACAAACAAACCGCGUUCAACGAAGCCAAAACGUCACUGGGUCUUGCGUUUGGCACAGCCAAAGCCAAAAAACAACUCAAGGACGACGAACGCAACGCGGUGCGCGGUGAACAAGUCCAAGAUGCCUUGCACGAUAUGCAUCGCGAGAUUGGCGAGAGCAGCACGGGCCCGACGCAGGCAGAAAUCAAACAGGCCAUGCAAGCCGAAUUGCCGAUUCCAGCACACAAUAUGGAUGCCGCGUCGCCGCAAGAAUGCUAUGCUAUCUCGAGCAUUGUGACCGAAGAAGAAUUGUUGGCCAUGCCUGUCAAGGAAUUGAUCACGGCCAAGCCGCAACAGCCCAAGGAUUUGAACCAGUUCUUGCCAUUCGGUUAUUCCAAGUUUGUCAAUGAACGUAUCUUGCACACGUUGAAAGCGUCGGGAAAAGUCGAUCGUCCGCGUCUGCGUGUCCUCAUGUAUAUCUCGUACUUGAUGGCUUACUUGAAUCGAAUCAAGCCGUUUGAUUUGAAGAAUCGUCGCAAGGUUGAAACGGUCAUGAAGAAUCCGCCCAACGUUAUCUUGGAUCAGUUAGCCGAUCGUUACACUACAAAUGAUGUACGCACACCGUUCAUGCAAGACAAGAUCUUGUGCUAUAUGAUGGUACUUUGUUUGAGCGUCGCAGACUAUCAAUUGAACCCUGACCUUUUGGCCAGCGAUCUGUCAUUAAAGCCACUAAAGUAAGUCAACCCCGCGUAAGAUUUUGGAGGAGCAGUGGGUUCCUAAGCAGCAGUAUUUUUACCCUUAGAAUUUCGACUGUGUUACGGAACC